UUCAGCCGUCUGUUGAGUUUCGAAUUUUUUUUUUUAUAAUUUGUUGCCGACAUAUUAUAUUAUCCUUUUUUUUUAAUUUUUUGUUUUUUUCAUCUCAUAUUGACUGAAAUAUCUUUAUUUAUCGAUAAAUAAAUAUAAUAUUAUUAUGGGUGGAUCACAAUCUACGGAAAUUCCCGGUGGUGGUACUGAAGGUUUUCAUGUUUUAAAGGUACAAGAUGAUUCUCCUGGUUCCAGAGCAGGUUUAGAACCAUAUUUUGAUUAUAUAAUUGUAGCCGGCAAUACUCGUCUUAAUCAAAUGAAUGAUGAUCUAAAAGAUAUAUUAAAAUCCCAUGUGGAUAAAUCACUUCGUUUGUUAGUGUAUAAUUCAAAAUAUCAAAACGUACGUCAGGUUGAUAUUGUUCCUACUAAUAAUUGGAAUGGUCAAGGAUUAUUGGGUGUAAGCAUACGUUAUGCAUCGUUUGAAAAUGCUGAUGAAAAUGUAUGGCAUGUGUUGGAUAUCGCUCCAAAUUCACCGGCCGAUAUUGCCGGAUUGAAAGCUCAUCGAGAUUAUAUUAUUGGUGCCGAUUCAUUCCUACAGGAUAAUGACGAUAUAUUCAAUUUGAUACAAACAUAUGAAGGUAAAUCAUUGAAAUUGUUUGUAUACAAUAUUGAUACGGAUUCAUGUCGUGAGGUUACAAUUGUGCCUAAUUCUAACUGGGGAGGUUCCGGUCUACUUGGUUGUGACAUUGGUUAUGGUUAUUUACAUCGAAUUCCACGGCCAAAAUCUAAUAAUCAAGAAACCUCUCCAUUAUUGUCGGACGUUACUUCGCAAUCAACAAUCGGUACUGUGCCUGUUUCUUCAAAACCAACCAUCACAGGUCACACAGGUGAUGAAGUACAGCAAAACAAGCAACCACCAUCGGAUAUAAAUCGACUUUAUACUGGAAAUCUUAUUACUGGACAGUCCAAUGAAAUGUCAAUGCCUAAGCCCCUGCCUUUAUCCACGCCAUUAUCAUCAAGCAUAACGGAUAUGAGUGGUGAACGACAACAACAGCAGCAGUCGGGACCAACAGUAGUAACAACAUCAUCCACGGUACCAUCUGUCGUGUCUUCAUCUUCAAUUUCAUCGUCAUCAGCAGCCUCAAUAACAUCGACGGCUGUGGAUAAACAAGCAACACCAACUAUGAUUAAUCCAGCUUCAACCCCAUUAUUAUCUAAAAAUCUAUAUCAACACCAUCCGACCAAUCCGUCAACUUCGUAUUUUACACCGGCUCCAUCCUAUAAUAAUAACAUCAAUCCUAAUUUGUCUUCAUCGAUGAUUCCUCCCUAUUCAACAUCAUCAUCAUAUGUCAACACUUGUCUAUCGCAACAAUUUGGACAAUCAAUGAAUUUUGAAUGCUCAGCACCACCACCACCACCACCAAUAUCCAGUUCAACAAUGAUGUCGGCUGCUCUUAUUCAACCGCCAUUCAUUUCUAGCUAUACAUCACCAACUUUUUCAUCAUCAUCGAUGCCUUUUGCAUCGGGUGGACAAAUUCAACCGCCACCAAUGUUCACGAUGCCUUCACCAUCAUCAGUUAUAGCACCACAUAGCUCAUCAUCAACAUCAACAACGUCGUUUCAAUCGUAUAAACCAACAUUUCCAGGUGGUGCCUCCUAUCCUUCCUCGCUUCCUCCAUUAACCUCAUCAUCAGGCGGCUAUUAUGGACCACCACCACCACCACUGGUAAUGCCACCGCCUAUAUCGAACACGAAUACAACAUUGUUUAAUCCGGCCACAUCGAAUAUGGUACCAACACCUUCAGCUCCUUCGGUAACAUCUGACACAAUACAACCAUCAUCAUCGGCAGCACCACUGAUGAUGUCUUCACCACCACCUUCGCAAUAAAUAUUACGGCGGUUGCAAUUGAAUUUCGUACUAUUCAUUUUUUUCUUUUUUUAAUUUUUACAAAAAAACAACAAUUAUUUUAAUUGAA